CGGAUUGGCUAGUCGCGGCAUCGAUCGGGCGGUGGAUACCUGCACCGCGCAGCGGAGUAGGUGCGCCUAUUGGUAGGCCUAGCAAUGUCGGCGUAGCGGUCGUGGUUUACUCCCGCUGGAUUAUUCUACGGCGUCGGUUAUGGCCGAGAGUUGAUCGCGUACGGCCAUGGUGGACCUCGGCGGAUAUGUCAUCAUCUUGGUUGAGACCACCGACAAGAAGAUCAAACUUUACGGUUCUCCAGCAGAUAGAGCGGAUUUGGAAGUGGGAGAUGAAAUCUUAGAAGUGAAUGGAAGAACUCUAGAAAAUUGUACUCAUACCGAAGUCAUUUCGCACAUACAUCAGUGUAUUCGUUCUCGAACGAUAUGUCUGCGGGUGAAGAGAAAAACGGGUACGAAAUUGGCGUUAGAUUUAGCACAGAACGUUCAUGUCCAAGAUGCCUUCGUCAUUGCCGUUGAGCAGCAGGCGCGAGAAAGGCUCGAACGACUAUCGGCCUUACGAAAAAUCAAGCCUAUUGACAUGACCAAAUUGUCUCAGGAAUUAAACGAGUACAGGCCCCAGAACGAAUCCGAUUUGAACGGAGUAAUUGAAAACAAUCCAGUGUACGUGACUUCGGUACCAGAAAUUCAGAGUGCAACAUUAGAAAGAGUAAAAAAAGAUAAACUUAAAAGGAGAAAAUCUAGUGGAAGUGGACAGUCUAUUCCGGCGGCAUCGAAUGCCAAUGGUCCCCAAGGUGAUUCUGCUCCGAUAGAACAAGAACCUCACGAUCAAGAACUCGAAUUAAAACAAGAAAUCUUAGACGAAGACAAAGCUCGAGAAGAUUUAAGACUCGUAAGCUAUAACUCUUCGCCAAAGAAGAGGGUCCAAGAUCAGUCGGAGAUCGAAGGUGCUCAACCCGACUUUUCUCUUCUUACCUAUAGUUCGUCACCGAAAAAGAGGCCCCUUUCCGGUCCUCAAAGGUCGACCGAAGAAGAAGAGGAAGACAGUCGAGAAUUUCCGGUGAUUGAAAAUUCUUCAUCGUCAUCGGAAGAUUUUUCACUCCUUACUUAUUCUUCGUCGCCCCGGAAGAGGCCCGUUUCUGGUGACACUACUCAACCCUCUUCUUCGUCUAUUAGCGAAUCGGUCACUUAUAGGGAACAAAAGGAACAACCCGUGACGAAAGUAAACAACAUCGAUAAACUAACGGAUCGGGCGAGUAAAUGUUUAGUCGGUGAAGAACAAAUAAAAGAUACAGCUGAUCGAAUAGUUCAUUCCAUGGAGGGAAUCGGUACCCUUAGGGAAAUGGCUGUGGAUGUGCCAGAUUCAUUUGUAGCAGUUGCCAAGGCACCACCUAGAUAUCCUCCACCCAAACCUGCCAAUUCACCGAUAAGAACUAGUCCGGUGGAAGAUUGUGCAAAAUCGGAAGCACUUAAUGGAAGACUUCCCAAGCAAGGAUCCGAAAUGGAGCUUAAAAAGUUAGACAAUCCCGAAGAGCAUUUGGGAAGGAUCAGGAAAUACCAGGAAGACAUAAGAAAAAGGAAAGAAGAGGAAGAGAGGAUAGCGAAAGAAGAAGAAUUUUUAAGAUCGUCCCUUCGGGGUUCAAAAAAAUUGCAGGCUUUAGAAAGUAAACCUCCAAGAACGGGAAUUGUCAAUACAGCUUUUGAACUAGAAGAAGGAGAUUCGGGAAUUCAUCCUACGGGAAAAUCUGCGGAUCGACUGGUCGGAGACGUAGUAGAAGGAGGAAGGCCUCAACCGCCAGAAUUAAAAAGAUUAGUAGAACACGAAAAGGAAGACAUAAGAAAAAGGAAAGAAGAGGAAGAGAGGAUAGCGAAAGAAGAAGAAUUUUUAAGAUCGUCCCUUCGGGGUUCAAAAAAAUUGCAGGCUUUAGAAAGUAAACCUCCAAGAACGGGAAUUGUCAAUACAGCUUUUGAACUAGAAGAAGGAGAUUCGGGAAUUCAUCCUACGGGAAAAUCUGCGGAUCGACUGGUCGGAGACGUAGUAGAAGGAGGAAGGCCUCAACCGCCAGAAUUAAAAAGAUUAGUAGGUGUUUCUGAGCUGCUGCAUUCUCUUAGUCGAAUAAAAUCACAUUAUAGUAACAACGGCCACAAAAAUGAAGAUUUAUCUGCAAUUGAAUCCCUUUUAAAUAAUAAAACUUUCCAGAAAGUGCUGGAUGUCCAUAAUAAAGUGCAGGAAAUUUGCUGUUUUAAUGCACCACCCGUGCCUGUUUGUGCUUGUGCUCAAGAACUAACUCAAGAUGUAAUUAAUAAUUUGCAAGAAUGUUCACUGCCAGAAGCCUCAGAACUACUGGAUAUAAUCAGCAAAUUUGAUUUUGAAGGAUUAUUGUAUAGUCAUGAUAGUAUUGCAGAAAGACAAGCCACUCCAGAGAUGACACCAGAUGAAGAACUUUUAGACAGAGCUUCUCAUUAUACCCAUGAAAGUGUAAAAAUAGUGAGGAUAGAUAAAACAGGAGAUCCUUUAGUGAGUAUUAUUUGGAAUUUGCAAGUUGUGUCACUGCCAGAUCUUUGGAAUAGUUGCUGCGUUAAACUAUUUCUUGCCAGUAAUUGUUUAAAGUUAUUAGUUUCAAAUAAGGACAAGAAGUUUGUUAUUUGUAGGCUUGAUGAUUUUCUGGCUAGUGCCAAUGAGUUUCUAGAACAUUCUGGUUCUGUAAGUUUACAGGAAGACGCAACAGCGACUGUCCUAAGAAAGACUUGGAGGGUGUUUGCACUUCCAGGAGUGGUAGCCUCUUUACCAGGUUUUCUUCUUAUUCCUAGAAAUUGGAAUUUGCAAGUUGUGUCACUGCCAGAUCUUUGGAAUAGUUGCUGCGUUAAACUAUUUCUUGCCAGUAAUUGUUUAAAGUUAUUAGUUUCAAAUAAGGACAAGAAGUUUGUUAUUUGUAGGCUUGAUGAUUUUCUGGCUAGUGCCAAUGAGUUUCUAGAACAUUCUGGUUCUGUAAGUUUACAGGAAGACGCAACAGCGACUGUCCUAAGAAAGACUUGGAGGGUGUUUGCACUUCCAGGAGUGGUAGCCUCUUUACCAGGUUUUCUUCUUAUUCCUAGAAAUAAAACUGUUUUAUUAUUAGGAUUGUUGCAUGUAGGAGAUGAAAUUCUGGAAGUUAAUGGGGUAGAAAUGAGAGGAAAAUCUGUUAAUGAUGUUUGUGAUAUACUAGCUGGUAUGACUGGAACUUUGACAUUCCUUGUGAUUCCUUCUCCUUAUGAACACACUAAAGGACCACCAAGAGAUGUUAUUAUACAUGUCAAAGCUCAUUUUGAUUAUGAUCCAGAUGAUGACUUGUAUAUUCCAUGUCGAGAAUUGGGUAUAUCUUUUAGAAAAGGAGAUGUUCUUCAUGUGAUUAGUCAAGAUGAUCCUAAUUGGUGGCAAGCAUAUAGAGAAGGUGAUGAAGAUCAAGCAUUAGCUGGUUUAAUUCCAAGCAAAUCUUUCCAACAACAGUACAUGGGCAAAUCCAGCUCCGAGAGCUGCAUGAGGCUCUUUUUGAGUUACGUGCCGCUCUUGCUAUAUAAAAGAGGUGAAGACCAGAGAAGAGGAUAUUUAGGUUCAGGUGAUCAAUGUGACCCCUUCUUAAUCCCUCGUGAAUCACUGAAAGAUCUUAUAGAUCAUUCAAUUAGUUCAGGAAGUGGAUCUGGUUUGCCAAUAUUAGUGCAAAGGACAAUUGCAAAGCAAAUAGAAAUGAUAAGAAGUAUAGGUAAAGGUAGAUUUGGUGAAGUUUGGCAGGCACAAUGGAGAGGUGAGAAUAUUGCUGUAAAAAUAUUCUUUACUACAGAAGAAGCUAGUUGGUUCAGAGAAACAGAAAUAUAUCAGACAUAUUUGCUUAUCAUAAAUGUUUUUAUAAUCAUUUUGAAGCAUUAUAUUAAUUUUAUUAACUUUAAUUUCUUACCAAUUAAUAUAGAUAUCGAUGUUGAUCAGAUUCUUACUUAUGAAGAGGUUGCACUUUAUUAUCCUCGAGCAAAUCAAAAACGGCCAAUUGUUCUUAUUGGACCUCCAAACAUUGGAAGGCAUGAAAUUAGACAGCGGCUCAUGGAAGAUACAGAGCAUUUUGCAGCAGCUGUGCCACAUACAAGUCGACCAAGAAGGGAUGGUGAAGUGAAUGGUGUUGAUUACCAUUUUAUCAGCCGAACUCAAUUUGAAGCUGACAUUGUUCUAGGAAAAUUUGUAGAACAUGGGGAGUACGAAAAGAAUUACUAUGGUACAAGUUUGGAUGCUAUCAGAGCAGUAGUUAAUUCAGGAAAAAUAUGUGUACUUAAUCUGCAUCCUCAGUCAUUAAAGAUACUGAAGUAUUCUGAUCUUAAACCAUAUGUAGUUUUUGUUGCGCCACCUUCUCUUGAAAAAUUACGUCAGAAUCGCAUAAAAUCUGGUGCAACUGUAAAAGAUGAAGAAUUAAAAGAUAUCAUUGAGAAAGCAAGAGAGAUGGAGGAAAACUAUGGUCAUUUCUUCGAUAUGAUAAUUAUUAAUUCUGAUACGGACAAAACAUACAACGAACUGUUGCAUGAAAUCAAUAUUUUAGACACAGAACCACAAUGGGUGCCUGGAAUCUGGCUUAAAGAUACAAACUGAAGCUCAUCAUAAUUACUUUUUAAUAGAACAAAUAUCAAUAUGUAAAUAUACAAAUCCAACAUUACAUUAAACAAGUGAUAAAGUUCAACUGCCAAAAUGAAUUCUAUUAACUUCUGAACUGUUUUGGUGUGUGAUUGCAACAAACAAGUUGACUUAAAUUUUUAUUCUGAAGAAAAUUUGCUGUAACAAAUCAUAAAAUGACAAAAAAUAUAUAUAUUUUAUGAAGUUAGCAUUCAAAUUUAAUGGAUGUUUAUCCUAGUCAUUGGGGAACUAUUAAAAAUUAAAAAAGGAAAAAAUUAAUGAGUAAACAUUGAAAAUUUUUCAAGAUUCAAAGUAUUGUUUGCUUUGGAAUUAUAACAGAAAUAAAAUGAAUUGAGUUUGUAAUAGUUACUUUUCUUGUGUGUACAUAUAUAUGUAUAUUUAGGCAAUAGAAAUAUUUUAAUGUUCAGGUCUGUUGCAUGUCCAUAAACUGGUCCAUUUAUUGAACUGAUUUCAACUUUUCUAGUUUGUAUAUGCAAAUUUUGUUCGUGUCAAGCAACAACAAAGUUAUUAAUGUAUUUAGUAAUAUUAGAAAACUUGCUUAAGAGUUUUUCAAAUGAAAAUUUAUAUAAUUUCAAUUUUUUAUGUUUAAUCGAUGUGAAUUGAUAUUUCCAGAAAGAAAAUAUUUGUAUAUUAGAUUGGGUUUGAUGUUAAACUGUGACAGUAUUGUGAUAACAUAUGAAUUGAACAAAAUUUUAGGGAAUUUUAAAUGCAUUUAAUGUGUGUGAUUGUGCAAAGCUUCUUUUCAUCAAACAAAGUCGGCAACGUUGAUAGACUGCAACAGUUAUUUGAGCUAAAUUUGAAGUAAAUAUAAUUAUUGGUGCUGUUUUAUAACUCCAUAAGUUAUAAAAAAUUUGUUCAUAAAUCAACAGGUAUGUUGAAAUUGAAGUAUUACUCUCUGAACCAUUGGCAAAGUGAAUAAUUAUUAUCUAAUUAUUACAUGGUCAUUUUUUAAAAUUCUGUUUAAAUUUAUUAUAUUCACAAGACAAUGCCAAUCAAUUUUAUUUUAAAUAAUUGUUUUUAAAUUUAUAUUUUAUGUUACUGUUUAUUAUGGGAAAAAUAUAUUAAACGAUUCUUAAAAAUAUUUUCUUUGUGGCAUCCAACCAAACGACGAUCAUUUUGUAUUCUCCAUCCGUACUUGUAAAUAAGAUUGCACUUUGUGUACGACAAGCCGGACAUCGUGUAUAAUAUAGGGAAUACCAAUUGUUACAGAAAAUGUAUAUAGAUCACCUUAUAGCCCAUGUAGCAACAAGGUUUUCCCAAAGUUAGCCACGUGUACAGAAGAGAGCAUUAUGCAGAAUUAAAUAAGAAAAAAAAUCUAUAUAUAUUGUAACAUUUGAAAAAUUAAAAUACUUGGGUUAACUAAAA